GAGUGAAACAGCUCCCAGUAGCUGCCCAGGAGGAGGAGAAAGAGGAGAUUAGUGCUUAGUGGGGCUACGGACCUUUCCUGUAGCAUUUGGAGCCUAAGGCAGUCCCGAAGUCUGCGCUUGGGACCGACGGUUGGAUUAAAACAGCACCUGCUGGGAUGCCGAUCCGGACCCCCUUCAUUUCGUAGGCGUCAGUGUCACCACGCCAUUCAGCUCUUCCGGAGUGUUCCUCUGCUUGGGGGUAGUCGAGGCCAAGAAAGUAUUAUGAGGGAUGCUGAGGACUUCAUGCUUUGGAAAGAGACACAGCUCUGGAAUUAAAAAUUGCCACUUCUGAGAGGAUGCUGGGAAUGUGCAGAGGGAGACGGAAAUUCUUGGCUGCUUCUUUGACUCUGCUCUGCAUCCCAGCCAUCACCUGGAUUUACUUGUUUGCUGGGAGCUUUGAAGAUGGGAAGCCUGUGUCUCUGUCUCCCCUGGAGUCCCAAGCACACAGUCCCAGGUACACUGCCUCCAGCCAGCGGGAGCGGGAGAGCCUGGAGGUUCGUGUGCGAGAGGUGGAAGAGGAAAACCGUUCUCUGCGCAGGCAGCUCAGCCUGGCCCAGGGUCAGGGCCCUGCUCACCGCCGUGGGAACCACUCCAAGACCUACUCCAUGGAAGAGGGAACAGGGGACAGUGAGAAUCUGCGGGCUGGCAUCGUGGCAGGCAACAGCUCUGAAUGUGGGCAGCAGCCAGCUGUGGAGAAGUGUGAGACCAUCCACGUGGCCAUUGUCUGUGCCGGAUACAACGCCAGCAGGGAUGUUGUUACCCUGGUCAAGUCAGUCCUCUUUCACAGGCGGAACCCUUUGCACUUCCACCUCAUCGCUGAUUCUAUUGCGGAGCAGAUCCUGGCUACACUCUUCCAGACCUGGAUGGUACCUGCUGUGCGUGUGGACUUCUAUAAUGCUGAUGAGCUCAAGUCUGAAGUGUCCUGGAUCCCCAACAAACAUUACUCUGGGAUUUAUGGCCUGAUGAAGCUGGUUCUGACCAAGACUCUACCUGCCAACCUGGAGAGAGUCAUUGUCCUAGACACUGACAUUACCUUUGCAACUGACAUUGCAGAGCUAUGGGCCGUGUUCCAUAAGUUCAAAGGGCAACAGGUCCUGGGCUUGGUAGAGAACCAGAGUGACUGGUAUCUUGGAAAUCUCUGGAAAAAUCACCGUCCAUGGCCAGCCCUUGGAAGGGGCUACAACACAGGAGUCAUACUACUGCUUCUGGAUAAGCUGCGCAAGAUGAAAUGGGAACAGAUGUGGAGGCUGACAGCUGAGAGGGAACUCAUGGGCAUGCUGUCUACCUCCUUAGCUGACCAGGAUAUUUUCAAUGCUGUCAUCAAACAAAACCCCUUCCUGGUGUAUCAGCUCCCCUGCUUCUGGAAUGUACAGCUAUCAGACCACACUCGCUCUGAGCAGUGCUACAGAGAUGUGUCUGAUUUAAAGGUCAUCCACUGGAACUCCCCUAAGAAGCUCCGAGUGAAGAACAAACAUGUGGAAUUCUUCCGCAACCUCUACCUGACUUUCCUGGAGUAUGAUGGCAACCUCCUACGGCGGGAGCUGUUUGGCUGCCCCAGCGAGACUGAUGUCAACAGUGAAAAUCUUCAGAAGCAGCUGUCAGAGCUGGAUGAGGAUGACUUGUGUUAUGAGUUCCGGCGAGAACGCUUCACUGUCCACCGAACCCACCUGUACUUCCUGCACUAUGAGUUCGAGCCUGCUGCUGACAACACGGACGUUACCCUGGUUGCUCAGCUCUCCAUGGACAGACUCCAGAUGCUAGAGGCCAUCUGUAAGCACUGGGAGGGGCCCAUCAGCUUGGCCCUCUACCUGUCCGACGCAGAAGCUCAGCAGUUCCUCCGCUACGCCCAGGGAUCCGAGGUGCUCAUGAGCCGCCACAAUGUGGGCUACCACAUUGUGUACAAGGAGGGUCAGUUCUAUCCUGUCAACCUCCUACGCAACGUGGCUAUGAAGCACAUCAGCACACCCUACAUGUUCCUAUCUGACAUUGACUUCCUGCCCAUGUAUGGGCUCUAUGAGUACCUCAGGAAGUCUGUCAUCCAGCUUGACCUUGCCAACACCAAGAAAGCAAUGAUUGUGCCCGCAUUUGAGACACUGCGCUACCGACUCUCUUUCCCCAAGUCAAAAGCAGAGCUGCUGUCAAUGUUGGACAUGGGGACUCUAUUCACAUUCAGGUACCAUGUCUGGACUAAAGGCCACGCACCCACAAACUUUGCCAAGUGGCGGACUGCCACCAUGCCUUACCAGGUUGAGUGGGAGGCUGAUUUUGAGCCGUAUGUUGUUGUGAGACGAGACUGCCCUGAGUACGAUCGGAGAUUUGUGGGCUUUGGCUGGAACAAAGUGGCUCACAUCAUGGAAUUGGAUGCACAAGAGUAUGAGUUCACCGUGUUGCCCAAUGCCUACAUGAUCCACAUGCCCCAUGCCCCCAGUUUCGACAUCACUAAGUUUCGUUCCAACAAGCAAUACCGCAUCUGUCUCAAAACCCUGAAGGAAGAGUUUCAACAGGACAUGUCCCGACGCUAUGGCUUUGCUGCCCUGAAAUAUCUCACGGCUGAGAACAACAGCUAGCACUUUGAAGGCCACUACUAGGGAGAGACUUGCUACAGGGGAAGAACUACUUGCUGCCUGGGGCCCAGCCUUUGAAGACAAAAUCCAUCACUGCUUUUCGUUGGUUUGUUUCCCUUUGUCUCUUUGGCUCCACAAAGCUGCUCUUGUCUGAGAUCUUGGACAGGGACCCAGUCCACCACCAUGAGGUGCUUCCAGAAUGGGACACAGAAGGGUGGAAGCAAAUGAAGAGUUAACAAAUUACCACAAAGCCACAGACCAAGUCAGGGUUUCUGGAUGCUCUCCCUGCUUUUUAAUAAUUAUGGUUCAAAUCCUAGCUCUGGAAAAAGAACAGGACAUGGGUGCUGUUCUAGGGGUUAAUCACUCCAAGAAAUGAGAGCAAGCUAUUUCUUCGUAGGAAGAGAAUUUUAUUUCUCCUGCCACCUAGCUAGGUACCCAAGUGGAGAGCAAUCCAAGGACCCAAACAACCAUCUGGAGACCUGCAUGGGGACAUCACAUAUGCAGGGACCUGGAAGUAGGGUGAAUUGGUUCUUUAUUCUCAAAAGUCUUUCUUGUUUUAUUUUGAGUUGUUUGAAUUUGGAGGAUUUUAUUCAUUUUGAUUUAGGAUUCAAAACUUAAAAAAAAAUCUAAUCCUUAAAGCUCUAAGAGAAAAAUCAGCUCCCUCAGCCAACAUCCCUCAGUCAGCAGUGGCCCAGCAAAGAUGAGCAUCCUCAGAGAAUGUUCAUAUAUGGGAGCUUCCUUCAGGAUGAACACUGAGACCUCCUGAUACUGAGUUCCCACUCUCCAGAUCCAGGACUAUGACAGAGACUAUGGAAAUAUAAGGCCAAACACUGUAUGCAAGUCACAUUUUGUAUGGACUGACCAAGUCACAAGGAAAGAGUUUGAAGGAACUACUUCAGUACUCACAAAAGCUAUGAUUCCCCUCUCAGGCCUUUAGAAGAACUUGAACAGUUCACAGAAGCCCAAUCUGAAGACUCGUGUGACCACAUGGAAGCCACUAGAAGAAAGGGGUCAGGCACCUCCCUGUUGGAAACAGGGGAGUUGGUGACCUUAGUUUCCCCUCAGGACUUGUUCUAGGGUCGGUAAGCACCUCUUCAUUUUGCAAAUGGAGAAAACACUGAACUUUUUACACAUUUUCUUUAUUCUUCACUAUUAAUGUUGUGUUUACAUUGAUGAGAACAAGAGUUAAUGGCCUACCCACUGCUGGGCUGUUUGUAUUGAGUUGCCAUGUGAACAGCGAAAGCUGCAUUCAAUAAACGAAAGUACAGACUGUU